CUUGCUCUCAAGAUGGAUGAUCUUGCUAGCAUUCCAGUGCUCGCCGACGAUCUAUUGAAAGACCGCACGCGAGUCUUUACCGAGUAUCUCGAAAAGGAUGCUCUCAAAGACGAAAUCCGAGCGAUGCUUGUGCGGCUCGAACGCCGGCUCAUCAUCAAUCUCGAUGAUGUACGGUCAUACUCGCGCGACGCAGCCGACGGCCUCCUCAAAGCGCCUCAGGAGUACUUGACCGCUUUCGACAUUGCUUUGCGCGACACGAUCUUGUCAGUGCAUGAUCCUAUUGUGCACUCUGAGCAAGUAGGGGACGGCAACAAGUUUUAUAUCGGUCUCAAGGGCAGCUUUGGAGACCAUCGCCUUAGUCCACGAACACUUCGUGCUAAUAUGCUUGGCAAAAUGAUCUCUUUGGAAGGCAUUGUCACGCGAUGCAACCUCGUCCGACCAAAAGUCGUCAAGACGAUUCACUACUGCCCGAACACGCGUCACUUCCACUCGCGUCUAUAUACCGAUGCUCUCACUGCAGGCAGCGGUCCCACUUCCGGUGCGACAUACCCCGACAAGGACUCAGAGGGCAAUUACCUGGAGACCGAGUAUGGCUUGUCGACUUAUCUCGAUCAUCAAUCUGUUGCAAUCCAGGAAAUGCCUGAACGCGCGCCAGCCGGUCAGAUCCCACGCAGUAUCGAUAUCAUACUGGAUGACGACCUCGUCGAUCGUGUCAAGCCCGGCGACCGCGUGCAAAUCGUCGGCUCGUAUCGGUCUGUCGGUAAUAAGGGUGGCCAAGGAUCUGCAGUGUUCAAGACGCUCAUUCAAGCCAAUAAUAUCGUCCUGCUAUCGUCCAAAGCUGGAAACGGCAUUGCGCAGACGAUUCUCACAGACAGCGAUAUUCGCAAUAUCAAUAAAGUCGCAAAGAAGAAGAACGUCUUCGAUCUCGUGUCCCAAUCUCUCGCGCCCUCCAUCUACGGUCAUGAUCAUAUCAAGAAAGCCAUCUUGCUGCUUUUGCUCGGCGGUGUCGAGAAAAACCUGACGAAUGGCACCCAUAUUCGAGGUGACAUCAACGUCCUCAUGGUUGGCGAUCCAUCGACAGCCAAGUCUCAAAUGCUUCGCUUCGUGCUCAACACGGCUCCUCUGGCUAUUGCCACUACAGGAAGAGGUUCCUCUGGGGUCGGUCUUACUGCUGCCGUCACCACAGACAAAGAAACUGGCGAACGGCGUCUCGAAGCUGGCGCCAUGGUGCUAGCUGAUCGCGGCGUAGUCUGUAUUGACGAAUUUGACAAGAUGUCAGACGUCGAUCGAGUGGCUAUCCACGAAGUCAUGGAACAGCAAACGGUCACUAUCGCCAAAGCUGGCAUCCACACCUCGCUCAACGCGCGAUGCUCCGUCGUCGCCGCUGCGAAUCCCAUUUAUGGCCAGUACGACGUCCAUAAGGACCCUCAUCGCAACAUCGCCUUGCCAGAUUCGCUGCUAUCGCGUUUCGAUCUGCUCUUCGUCGUGACGGACGAUGUCGAUGAGAAGCGUGACCGGAUGAUCUCAGAACACGUUCUGCGUAUGCAUCGUUACCUGCAACCAGGCCUCGAGGAAGGUACACCCGCCGUCGAUCAGCUGGAGCAGAAUCUAGCUGUCGGCGAAGAAGCUGACUCUGGUUCGUCGAGACGAGAGACACAAGUCUACGAAAAGUUCAACCCACUCCUGCACGCCGGUGUGACGACAGAGACUGGCAAAGGCGCAAGCAAGAGGAAGCAGGUACUCUCAAUCGCGUUUGUUAAGAAGUACAUUCAGUACGCCAAGGCUCGCGUGGUGCCUGUACUCACGCAAGGCGCUUCGGAUCAUAUCGUCAGUGUGUACAGCUCUCUACGAAAUGACGACAUGGCUAGCAAUCAGAAGCGAACUUCACCCCUGACUGCUCGUACGCUCGAAACGCUCAUUCGUCUGUCCACUGCGCAUGCAAAGGCCCGUUUGUCGACCAAAGUCGAGGAAGAGGACGCGUAUGCAGCUGAGGAGAUUCUACGAUUUGCACUCUUCAAAGAGGUCGUCAAAGUCGCGAGUACGAAGCGUCGCAAGGUCGAGCGUGACGCGACUUCGAGCGAAGACGAAGCGGAAAGCGAAAGUGACGAUGAAGUCAUCAAGCCUGUUAAACGCAUGGAGAUGCCCAAUAGGCGCACUCGAUCGGCUUCGAUCGGACAGCGAAGUGCACGAGCAUCCGUACCCCCGGCGAUGUCCAUAUCAACACAGAAUGAUACGCAGGACGAGCGACUGGCUCGUGAGCUUGCCAAUGAAGAGUCCCAAUCGCAGUCCAUGACUCUCGAGCCGGAGCCAGCGGCGCCCGUAGUUGAUGUGAAUCAGCAAGCAAGAAUCAAGGCAUUCAGAAGACGCGUUGCUGAUGCUUUCAGAGGUCGCUUCGCCACCGAUGAGACUCUGUCGAAAGAUGCUCUGCUGCCGGUCGUCAACGAUGGUCUGCCGAGCGAGGCGCUAUAUAGCUCGGACGAGGCGGAAGCGAUCCUCACACUCAUGUCAGAAGAGGAAGAUCUAUUCUACUCUGCUGGCGUCGUCUAUAAGCUUUGAGCGAGCCUUUUGUCUUGUAAUGUAUGUGUUCAGAGGGAUGCGACGAAAUAGAUGCAUUAUUGAUGCCCUGUCU